AAUCUCUUUUCCUUCCCCCUUGGCUGCUGUAAAUCCUCCAACCCAGCAGAUGUCUCUUCUGCAAACACAAAAGCUAGGCCAAGAAACCCACGAGGCUUUUCUUUCCCCAGCAGCCUGGAGUCCUGUCUUUGAUCAAUGCACCCAGGGGGGAGAAAAAAAUAAAAAAUAAAAAACUUCCUAGAGAAGGCAGCAAAGUAGUCUCAGAGAGUUCCAGGGAUGUUUGGGGCACCCCAUGCAGGCAGGAGAGCUUGCAUGCAUCUAUAUGUCCGGGGGAGGAAAGAUACAGGGAUUUAGCACAGUCAUAGUAGAAUCUGGAUUAGUUGCAUUUACAUGAGCACUAAGAGGGGAGGGGACGGGAGAGCAGCGCAGUGCUGACAACAGGACGAGGGUGAGGAAAAGUCGUUCCUUGCCCUGAAGCAGCGUCAGAGUGAAGUCUGCAAAGAAACUUUUACAUGCACCCCCAUGCCAGAAGCAGGUGUGGUUGUUGCUUACCCCCCUCCAGUCGUGUUCAGUGGAAUUGGCUUCCGUGAGAAUUUGUAGAGUCAGGGACGGGAGCGAAAUACGCGACAGAGUCAGACUGCAGCGGAAAGUGAACCGGGAUUGCAGCUGGAGCUGGUUACCAGAGAGGGACCAGCCUGCGUGAUCCGCUCUCUGCCCCGGUGAAUGUACUAAGGACAUUGAGGGGCACUGCGGAAGAGGUUUUGUCUGGGCCAGAUGGAGCCCCGACUUGAGCAGGUGGAUCCCAUGGCCACGAAAGGGGACGAUGUAAACGCAGAAGUCACCAGACCUGAAAUCUGCCAGGCCCCUCUGGGGCUAGAGGAGGACGCUGCUGGCAUGGAGGAUGGAACCCAGGCUGCAGCAGGGCAGGGCCGCAUGCUGAAUGGGCAGGAGCCAGAAAGCCCAAAGGGGAUUGCGGUAACGCACAGCGAGGAGGCUCCUUCUGGGCAGGGCAGCUUGAGCUGCCAACAGGCCGCAUGCCAGGAGCAUGAGGACACCCCAAAGAAGGAUCCGUCCCCGAGAGCAGGGCCCAGUGACAAAACCAAGUGGCUGGAGCGUGGGGAGCCAGAAGGAAGGGCAGACCCCAAAGAGAACCAGCCUCCCCCAAGCGGGAGCAUCCGAGCGGGAGGGGUCACUUCCCCACCGGACGACCCCAUCGCCAGCCCUAGCCCAGGCUCCGCAGAGCAGGCGUCUGAUGCCACCAAGGCCCGGCCCCCAGCCGGCGAGACCGAGCCUGACUUCUAUUGCGUGAAGUGGAUCAGCUGGAAAGGGGAGAGGACACCCAUCAUCACCCAGUGUGAGAACGGGCCCUGCCCACUCCUGGCCAUCAUGAACAUCCUGUUCCUGCAGUGGAAGGUGAAACUCUCCCCCCAGAAGGAAGUGAUCACGUCAGACGAGUUGAUGGCGCAUCUCGGCGACUGCAUCUUAUCCAUCAAACCCCAAGAGAAUUCGGAAGGGCUGCAGCUCAACUUUCAGCAGAACGUCAACGAUGCCAUGAUGGUCUUGCCCAAACUGUCCACGGGGCUUGACGUGAACGUGAGGUUCACGGGCGUCUCCGACUUCGAGUACACCCCGGAGUGCAUCGUCUUUGACCUCCUGAACGUCCCGCUGUACCACGGCUGGCUGGUGGACCCCCAGAGUCCGGAUGCGGCCCAGGCCGUGGGCAAGCUGAGCUACAACCAGCUGGUGGAGAAGAUCAUCACCUGCAAGCACUCGAGCGACCCCAACCUGGUCACCGAAGGCCUGAUCGCCGAGCAGUUCCUGGAGUCCACAGCCACCCAGCUGACCUACCACGGCCUGUGCGAGCUCAUGGCUGCGGUCAAAGAGGGGGAACUAAGUGUCUUCUUCAGAAACAACCACUUCAGCACCAUGAUCAAGCACCAGGGCCACCUGUACCUGCUGGUCACGGACCAGGGCUUCCUGCAGGAGGAGAAGGUGACCUGGGAGAGCCUGCACAACGUGGAUGGGGACAGCUGCUUCUGUGACGCCGAGUUCCACCUGAGCCACACCCUGGGGAAGGAGGCGGCCGGCAGCUCCCCCCAGGAGCAGAGGCAGGUGGACCAGGACUACAUGAUCGCCCUGUCCUUGCAGCAACAGCAGCAGGGCCCCUCUGCCCUGAGCGACCUAGAGCUUGCACGCCAGCUGCAGCAGGAGGAAUACCAGCAUCACCAGCAGCCAGCAGCGCCUCCCGCGCAGGGGAGAGCUCAGCCAGCCGGCCGGCCGGCCGGGGAACGCAGGCACAGACAUAAGCAGGAGUCGGACUGUGUCCUGCUCUAGAGCCGCUCGCCCCCCUGCCUGCUGCUUUCGGACCCCUCGCCCUCCCAUGGUCCUGCCGCGUCACCGUGAAGACUCCCAGACAACAGCCCCGGUGGGGCUCGCCUCGCCUCCGCUUCCCCCGGCCCCCGCCCUCCCCAGCACGGGACCCGCUUCCCGAAGAACCCAGCCCUGGCUCCCGCGCUGCGGGGGUGAAACCUCGUUCCGUGCUGCUGGCAUCUCCCAGGCCUGCGCAUCGCAGCGCGGGAGGGACCGUGCAGGGCGGAGUCCAGCCGGGCUGUGCAUUGGCUGCAGUUUCUCCUCACCCCCGACGCCCUCAGCUGUACCUCAUACCUCUGAGCUCUCCCCAAAGAUACCGAGUGCUCUCCUCUCCCAGAGGCAGAGAGUUCAGUGAUCAGAGCCCGGACUCCUGGGUUCCAGUCCCAGCUCUGGGAGCAGAGUAGGACCUAGAGCUUAGCGGAGGGUGGGGGUGUGAGUAUGAGCCAGGACUCCUGGGUUCUCUUCCCAGCUCUCGGGGGGGAGUGGGAUCAGUGAUUAGAGCUGGUGGGGACUUGGAGCCAGGACUCCUGGGUUCCAUUCCCAGCUCUCACCCUGACUCGCUGUGGGAUGCUGGGGCAAGUUGCUUCCCUACCCUGUUCCUCCUUUUCUCCAUCGGAUAUAGCAGGGGCAGAGGGGAGAAAAGGGGGUGAUGGUACCAGUUCACCCACUCCUUCCUCACAUGCUUUGGGAUCCACAGAUAGAAGCAGCUGUGAUGCUGUGAAAACACAGAGGCUUAUUUAACAGGCACGAAGCAGCAGCUGCCAGCCUCCCUCGAGCGGGGGCAGCUAACCCACCGAGUGUCCCAGGCAGCUGCCCGGUGCCUCUCGUGAAUCCAGUGCAACUAAGGAGCAACGGCCUGUGCAGGGUCUCUGGGGCAGGGGGUGCACUUACAAAGCUGGCGGGACGCCCGUGUGUCCCCCUCCUGCCGGAGGGCCAAGAGAUGCUCUGCAAGGCCUUGACGCAGACAGGAGGAUGCAGAAGGUCCCCAGGGUGCUAGCCAAUGAGUUGCUGCCUCCUUGAUUCGAUUCUCAUGGCUGGGCGAGUGCAGAAUCUGAACAGGCACAUUUCCCCCCUGCCCCCUCCUGUGUAGUCUCCCCUUGGGUGGGCCCGAUCCUGCACUCAGCGGUCCCGCUGGGAAUUCAGCGGGCAAGGCCAUCGGCUCUAAUUAACUAAGGCAGCAUUGGCACGGAGGCAGAGCCAGCGGUGGCUCGGGGGGCGAGUGGAUUGCAGGGGGAGGGGAUCUGUCGGGUCCAAACUCUCUCCAGCCCAAUGACGCGAUCCGAGCUGCAGGAAGUGCGUUUUCAGGGUGCAUUGAAAUAAUUUGCAGAGUAAAGCGCCCAGAGUGUAGGAGCAGGGGGAAGGUUUGGAUGUAAAUUCCCUGCUGGGACAAAGCUUUCCCUUAGCCCUGUCUGCCAUGGCACCGUCCUCCCUCCAGCAGGGAGGGUUUAAACCAGACCCUGUGGAAAACAACCCGAGGCGGGAUGGUGGUUAUCCGACCCCGUUGGCAUCAGCAGCCACCUAGCUGGGUCAGGGGAGGUACUCGGAGCCCCUUCUCCUGCUCGCGAGACGCCGAGUGACACAGGAGCCAGCGGGACUUGCAGCUCGAGUGGGGGGGAGCGCGGUUACGCCGGCUCCCAGGUGACUGCAGGCUGGAUCCCAGUGCUGGCCGGGGCAGAGGGGGUGCUGCCUGCCCCUACGAGAGGCAGGGAGCCCAGCGCCAGGACCGAGAUGCUCGCUGGCUGUUCCAGAUCAGCAGCAGCCGAGCCCACAGGAAUGACAUCUCCUGUUCCUGUCCUUUGCUGGUUUCUUCCCAAUCCCUCUUCCUCUUCCAGACAGCCUCCUCCCCAGAAAAGCUGCAGUGGGGAGGGGCACGUUUAGGACCCAGGAUCAGGGUGGCUCCCAUGGGUUAGUUAACCCUGCCCCGCUCCUCAUCCUGUGACGUCCCCCGCCUCCACCCCAUGGAUUGAAUGGGAUCAGGAUCAAACCUUCAGGACACUAACGAACCUUCUGUGGUAAGCACCUGGGCACUUGCCUUCCCAGGGGGCUGGGCUCUGUCCCCCUGCUCUUACGCUCUCGGGCUUGAGGAGUUUGUCUCUUUUCUACUCUCCGUUAUUUGUAACACUGCCUUAGACGUUUGGAAAUAAAAGUGUCUUUCCCUAGG